AUGACCUGUACCAUCACCCCCGCAAGAGCGUCAUCCAAGCGCCAACGGAAGACCUCCGCACCAGAAACAACGGGCGGUGGGACGGCGGCAAUACACACGACGUCAAGGCGUACGACAGCCAGGUAUCAUGACCAGGGACAACGAUACUGCCAGGAGCACGGCUGUACAGCACAGCCAUCGUACGGCCAAGCCCACAACAAUAAUGCACAGUUCUGCUCUCAGCACUCUAAGCCAGGGAUGACGAAACUCACGAAGAAGAGGUGCGGCCAUGCAGGGUGCAUCAAGCAGCCUUCAUAUGGCAAAGACGGCAGCAAGAAGCGAGAGUUCUGCUCUCAGCACGCUCAACCGGGUAUGGUUGACGUCGUCAGCAAGAGGUGCUGCCAUCCAGGGUGCAUGACUCAACCGUCGUAUGGUAAUGUCGGUAGCAAGCCGGACUUCUGCGCUCAACACGCGCAGCAGGGCAUGGUCCGUGUUGGUGGUAGAAGAUGCGACCAUCCAAGGUGCAUGAAGCAGCCUUCUCAUGGUAGAGCCGGCAGCAAGAUAGCGGAUUUCUGCUCUCAACACGCGCAACAGGACAUGGUCUCUGUUCGUGGUAGAAGAUGCGGCCAUCCAGGGUGCACCACGCAGCCUUCAUAUGGUAAGGCCGGGAGCAAGACGCGGGAGUUUUGCGCUCAGCACGCGCAACAGGGUAUGGUCCCUGGUCGUGGUCGAAGAUGCGGAAGUGCAGGGUGCAUCAAGCAGCCUUCAUAUGGCAAAGACGGCAGCAAGAAUGCGCAGUUCUGCUUUCAGCACUCUCAACAGGGCAUGGUCAAUGUCGUGAAGAAGAGGUGCGGUCAUCCAGGGUGCAUGACUCGGCCGUCGUAUGGCAGAGUCGGGAGCAAGAAGGCGGAAUUCUGUGCCCAGCAUGCGCCCAUCCAGGUUGCAUAAAGCAGGCAGCCUAUGGACACGACAGCAGCAAGAAGCUGGGGUUCUUUCCCAAAAACACCAUCGAAAACAACCCCCCCCCAAAAAACAAAAGCCACAGUUCACACGAAAAAAAAAACGGCGCGGAGCCAAGAGGCAGCAGCGACAGAUUCGAAACGCCCUUGCAGACACAGUGAGAAGACACCUGACUCUCAUGCCGCACCCUCAGGUCUCAGCACGCGCGGCAGGGCAUGGUCAAUGUGCGGCGUGCGUAUACUAGAAACUAUUACCGCAUGUGUGUGUUGGAUAUUUGCAUCGCAUGGCACAUUCGAUAACCAUAGGUACACAGCGAUACGUACAAUAUCGCUCUCACCAGUAGUGCAGGCGUGUAUUCUGUGCUUGAGUACAUUUGGUAGGAUAACUCUGUUCGGUUAGACUAACCGUUUAUUGUUUUGUCGAUUUCUAGAACAAGUUUUAUUCUGGUGAACGUUGAUUUUGUUCUUGACAUACGUAUUGU